AUGCUGAUAAAAAUCAUGAUUUGCCACAGAUUUCUUAAGAAGAUGACUUGUGUAAUACGACAAUUGUCAGCUGAUAUUCCAACUGAAAAUUAUCAUCCUCGCAAACUUUUCCGUGCUGUUACCUAUGACGCAAUGUCAUCAUCUCGUAAACGACUUUUAAGCGAACAGAAUGAAAGUUCGGACGGGAUGAUGAAAUUCCCUAAUGACGAUAUUUGCUUAACAAAACGAAGCAAAAUAGAAUCGCUGGACAAUGACUCAUGCGGCAAUAAUAUAUAUAGAAAUAAUCAUCAAUGUCACAUGCACUCUCCUAUUCUGACUUCGCCUUUCGAGAACGUCAAACCUUGUCGACAAUUGUCUUGUGACCAAAAACAUCGUAUAAAUACUGUUACCGAUAGAUCAUCGACUACUACUAAAAACGAAAAUAUGCUUGUCUGUCAACAAACAUCUGUUGCCGAUAAAUGUAAUGAAGGCGAACAAGAAGGGAAGAAUACUUCGUCGAUUUUCAUUACAUGUGCACAAUUCGCUAUCUACGUAGCAACGAUAAUGAACACUUCCAACGGAAAACUGCUAAUUAUUGACUGCGGCUCCCCAUUACGACAUAACGAACGACGUAUCAAAGAAUCUUUUCUAUUAAAUGUUAACGAUAAAUUAUCUCGAAAGCGUCUAACGACUCGUGGUUUAAAGAACUUCAUUGAUCAACAUCAACUACAUCGAUUAGAUCAAUCGGAAAUCGUCAUUCUUUACGAUGAUUCAAUCACUUCUUCAUGUUCAAAUUCCAUCACUCAACCAAAACUAUCUUCAACCAUUCAAUGUAUUUUCGACCAAAUCCAACAAUACGAUUCAAACAAAAUCGUCUACGUUCUCCAAUCCUCUUUUGACGAAUUCUAUCAACAUUAUCCAACAUGCUGUUAUGUAAGUUCAGCAGACUCACUUACAACAGAUCAUAUAUCACCAUCACCUUCGAUUGAUCUUGAUACAUAUGAGAUGUCACAAAUCUUACCAGGUCUUUAUCUGGGCAAUGCUCGCGACGCUGAAGAUCGAAAUUUGUUAAAAUACAAUGCGAUCAAAGCAAUAAUUAACAUCUCAACAACUAUUCCAUGUCAUUACCAAGACGAUCAUUCAUUGGAUUAUUUACAAUUGAAUUGUCAAGAUUCAACUCAAGAGAAUCUUCUUCAACAUUUUGACAAAACGUUUGAAUAUAUUCAGAAGAAAUUAGCAUCGAACGAGAAUGUUCUUGUUCAUUGUCAAGGUGGGAUUAGUCGUAGUCCAUCAUUUGUUAUUGGUUAUUUGAUGAGAUAUCAUUCGAAGACAUUUAAUCAAGCUUAUUUGUUUGUUAAGGAGAAGAGAAGAAUCAUCAAUCCAAAUCUGAAUUUUCUCGCUCAGUUAACACGUUAUGAACAAAUGAUCGAAUAA